AUGGACUCCAUGAUAUCCAUUUCUUCGCCAUUCUCAUGGUUUUCGUCAAAGGGCCAGAAGAAUGACGGUUCACCAAGUGUUGACGUCAAACCCAUUCAAACGCAUGAUAUUGAAGCCGCAGAGGAGAAGCCGGGCAGGCGCUUAAGGCAGCUUUUGAAAUUAAACCAUGCCACCCAUUCCAUUAUAUAUAACAACCUCACUUUCUACAACCAUAUACCCCAUCUUCUCUCUACGGCAUAUUUGUUUGGCGCAGGCCCAGAGCAUCUAGACAGGCUAUAUGAAGAGGAAUCCAAGGAACUAGAACCUUGGGCGGACUCUCCUGGCGAGAUCGGCCAGGUUGAAGAUUGGAGAUUGGCACUUGGGAAGAGAGAUAAAGCCCCUAACCUCGUUGGCAGGUUUCAAAGGGCUUAUCUGGAUUUCUUUGAGGAUGUCCUGGUAAAUCGUGGGUAUGAUUGGAACGCAGUGGUGCUAGAGUACCUCUGUUCUGGCGAUAAGCCGCUGAUCAACUCCUUAAUUGCUGGGUUUGGUCAUCCACUCAUACAUCUUGGCUUUGCGUUCGAAAUAUCAAGCCGUGAGGUUGCUAUGGAAGCCCUUGCAAUGAUUUCAUGCUGCUAUGACGACAUGCAUAAGUUCUUCGACGAACCCUCGGACAUUCAGAGAAACAUGACCCAACGAUAUACGACUAGUUCCCUAUUUGAAGCCUUCGAAGAAAUCCGGGGUGAUAGGCGAUUCGAUGGGAUUUUUACGAACCCGGGAGGUAACAACGUUGAAGACAUAUUCAAAACCCAUCAAACUUUGCUUUUGGAGCAUUGGAUGGCGUGGGAUCCCAAAGAUAUGGGCCCAACAGAACAAUUCCGCAUGAUACAACAGUUUGCUACGACGCUGAUAAUUACCCGCCAUGCGGGGAAACCGCAUGAUUUCUUCUUCGCCCAUCUUUUAACGACGACCCAUGCGCUUCGUGUUGUCAUUCCUGUGAUCCCUGCAAAAUUUCACCUUCCUUUGCUUCGCCAAUGGUUCCUAUUGGCUAUAGCUGUUUAUGUUGCUCAGCUGCGGCCGAAAAUAAAAAUCAACGAUGUUGGGCGUUACGCUAUUGGGGAGAAGGACUGGAAUUGGGUGGAUAAUCAAGCCCUCACUAACGAGAUGGCAGUCUCACCUCAUUAUAUCAAGCCUCUUCGGACCCUCAAGGAGGCCGCUAAAACCUGGGGAGAUGAUGAAUUUUACCUGCGGGCUGCUGUGCAAUUCGUCGAGACGUUCAAUGGCUUCAGUGGCUUUGGCUGA